AGUUCCGGCAAUAUUCCCUUUGUGGUUUGCAUUCACUACACUUGUCUACAGACUAUCGCUCUAGUAUACUAAGCUUGUUUUUAGCGAACUGUCCUCUCAGUGCGACGACGUACAUCAGAGAGACUACUGUGUAAUAAGACCACUACUGACUGGAAUAACAAGGAUACCUGAUGGAUGUGGAUGGCCAGUAGCUGGCCACUGAUGACUUGUAUAACAUGGACGAAUGAUAGAUCUGGACGGCUUGUAGGCCACUACUAACUUUUAUAACAUGGACAAAUGAUGGAUCUGGACAGCUGGUAGGCCACUUCUAACUUUUAUAACAUGGACGAAUGAUGGAUCUGGACAGCUGGUAGGCCACUACUAACUUGUAUAACAUGGACGAAUGAUGGAUCUGGAUGGCCGGUAGGUCACUACUAACUUUUAUAAAACAGAGAGCUUUACUAACUUAACUGUAAACCAUGGACAGAUGAUGGACCUGGACAACCACGAGGAGAUGGAUGACAUGUACAUAAGGACUGUGGAUGAACAGGAUGAGAUUUCAUCAGACCAAGAGUGGGAAGAUCCUCACGACACUUUACAUGAUGAAGAGGACUCGUCCAUAAAUUUUUCAGCUGAUGCAGACAAAUAUUCUACAUCACUUCAGAUGGAAACAGGUGAACACUUUGGAUGUGGUUUCUGUGGUGAGAAAUUUGAUUUGAUGGACAAUUUACAAAUACAUUUACAAACCCAUAAGGAUAAAGCCUUAUACAAUUGUUAUGUCUGUGGUAAAGAAUUUAACCAUUCGAAGAAAUUAAUGAAACACAUCCGAGGUCACACAGGAGAAAAACCAUAUAAUUGUUAUUUUUGUGGUAAAGGAUUUGGUCUGUCUGGAGAUUAUCAUAGACAUAUGCGAAUUCAUACAGGUGAAAAACCAUUCAAAUGUGAAGUGUGUGGGAAGGCUUUUUGUCAGAAAGGUGACUUGCAGAGACACACUAGAAUCCAUACAGGAGAUAAGCCAUACCGAUGUGACGUAUGUGGAAAUGAGUUUGCUCAGGUGGGACACCUACAUGUGCAUUAUCGUAAACACACAGGUGAGAGACCAUAUAUGUGUGAUAUCUGUGAAAAAGUGUUUUUUGUUCGAGAACAUCUGCAAAACCAUAGAAGAACUCAUACAGGAGAAAAACCUUACAAAUGUGGUGUAUGCGGGAAAGGCUUCGCUGUGAAUGGUACGUUACAAGUCCAUCUGAGGACACAUACUGGGGAACGACCGUACAAGUGUGAUACCUGUGGAAAAGGAUUUAGUGCAGGUGGCAGUUUACAAGCACACCUUCGAGUCCACAAAGGGGAAAAGCCAUAUGAAUGUGAUGUCUGUCAGAAAACAUUUACCCAAAUAGGCAAUCUGCAGCGGCAUCGCCGGGUCCACACCGGAGAAAAGCCAUUCAAGUGUGACAUUUGUGGUAAGGGUCUUAGUGAAAAUAAAAGUCUACAAGCUCACCUCAAAAUGCAUGCCAGACUGCAAACGAAAGAACAAGUGACUGCUCCCGAACUUUGUGAUAGUUACAUUCAAAGUUAUCCGGGAAAAGGAAAGAAAGUUAAUAAAACCAAGUCAUAGCACUGAGUGAGAAAAGUGCAAUACUAGUUCUGUUAAAAACAGUUUCAGUGAUGAAUAAUUAUUCAGUAGUACAUUUUGUAGCUGUACAUCUGCUACAUUACUACGGGGGGUGGAGACACAACGUCCCUCUAGGUAGAAUUCGGUACUGAUCUUGAUGAAACAGCCGUACGCGUGGAUCCUAGUAGAUACCGAGGUCUCACAUAAAAUCCAGGUAAUAAGUAUAACAAGAGUGAGUCCAACACGGUGUUUCUUCCAAAAAUGUAUUCCUGCAGUUGUUUACAUGUUUCGACUGCUACAUUAGUAAGUGAAGCAAAAGUUUUUUUUUUUUUUUUGCACUCACUAAUGUUUAAAUUUGAUUAUAACAAUACAGUACAAAAUGGUUUUAGAAUUGAGAUUUUGGGAUUAAUAUGAAUAUCAUACAGUCAUCCAGUUUAACAUUGGUCACUAAUAGAAUCAGAUGGCAAGUAAUAUUUGACACUGUCAGACAAUACCAAGGGGCAGUAAUUCAUAAGUAAUCUAUUUUUAGAAACAAUUUAUGCAUGUAGCUACAUGUAUUCAACCAUGACUUUUUGUCUGGAACCAUGUGACAAUAUUUUAGCCAUUCAUAAAAUGAGAAAACAUUAACAUGAUAAACAUUGGUUGGAUAUUUAAUGAUUGAUACUAUUAAAUUUAUCUGUUGACUGCACUACGAGUAUUUAUUUAAAUCAGACAGUCAAAAAUAUCUUGCUGUGUAGAUUAAUUAAACCUCUAAACAUUUUUGGAGUACGUAGAGCCAAUUAGUUUAAUUUGCAUACAUGUACAGUGUAUAGUGGUCACUAUUUUAUCAAUGAAAUCUGGCCCCAUUCUUUAGUUCAAAUAUGUAAAACACUUAAAUAUAAAAAUGCUAAGUAUACAAGUAGAAAUGUUAAAGAUGAUGCAUGUAAUUUCCUGUGUCAAUUCCCAUAUAAUUUAAAACAUCAAAAAUAACUUUUGCAGGUUAUAUAUCUGAUGAAGCGGCCAGGUUUCUGAAAAAAUGUUUCUCAAACACCAUAAAACUGCGGACUACAGAAUAUUUCUUAAAAAUCCAAGGUCAUUUUAUUCUCAUGAUUUAGAAAUAUGUUUAUAUUUCAAGGCAAUACCUGUAACUGUGUCAGCUAUGUCUGAUACCCAAAAUUAAAAAAAAAAAGGCAAGGUAUAUAUGUACAGUGGGGGUCCUGUAAUGGUGUAAAAUUAAUUACAUAAUAGAUAACCCAUGCCCCUUGGCCACCCCCUUGGUAAGGUGCCGAGCGCACUAUCUGCAAGCUCUAAUUCAUAAAACUGUUAUUUUGGCUUAAGCUUGUGCAGACAAUCUAAAAGAUACACAAGAAGUUAUGGUAUGUAAUUAUGAUUCCAAGUUUUCUGAUUUGCAAAAUCUAAAAGCUGAUAUAUAAUUAAUAUAAGUAUAAUGUGCAUGGAGUUGCAAUGUAUUGAUUGAUAUGUUUUGUUAAAGAGUACAAUCGAUUGAUAUGUGUUUUGAUAAAACAUACAGUUUUUAUGUAUUUGAAUUUUUUUUCUUUGAACAUUUUAAUUAUUUUUAAUAUUUUUGUUAAAUAUGUAUGUUUGCUUUAAUUCUAAAACUAGAAAUUGAUUCUUUAGUAACUGUCUGUGUCUAUGUUGGAUAAAGAAAAAUAGUUAAAUACACACCAACAAAUUCAUAUAAUUCAGGCUAUAUUAAAAUGCAGUAUAUAUAUAUUAUAUAUAUAUUUUUUUUUUUUUACAUUAUACAGUAUGACGGAUCAUAUACCAUAUAUGGUACAUCUUCAUCAACAUCUAGGCAAUAUAUACAUGUACAUGUUGUACAAAUAUUAGCUAUACAUGUGUUAAAAUUAAGACUAUAGUCAUAAUAUUAUACAAAUUAAGAGACAUGAGUUGUUCUAUGAAAGUCUACUGCAUUUUAAAUACUGGUUUUAAUUAUCUGGUGCUUACAGUCAGAUGAAAAUUGUUUUAUAUCAUUAUAUAGAUAUAUGUAUACAUAUAUCAUUAAAAUACAGUAGUAGUUUCAUGAAUUUUAAUACAUAAGUCAUCAUUAUUAGUUUUAAUUUUUAUUACAAUUGAUACAUGUUUAUAAUUAUAUCAUGUAUUGUGAAAAUAUGAA